AUUAAAUCAACAAAGUUAGAUAAGUGCCAUCGUUACUUCCACUUUCUCCACUCUCUCUCUCUCUUUCUUCAUCUUUUGUCUUAACGCAAUUAUUUCUAAGAAUCAAACAACCACCCACCGCUGUUAUCUUACCUUUUUUCACACUUUGGUAGGAACAAAAGUUACAAAACUCUGCAUUAAAAUACUGCUUUCACUAAAGUAGUAGUGUUAUAUUAUCCAUUAAUCCAUUCUCUACCCUCACCCAAUCUCAUUCCAAAAUCAAGAGGGUGAGAAAAAAAAAAUAUCCUAUCCUAACCAUGAAGUUCUCAUUUCAUAGAUCUUUCCCUACAGCAAUCUUGGUUUUGUUUAUGGGUCUAUGUGAUGCAUCUUCUUCAUUGAAGAGCACUUACAUAGUACACAUGGCAAAAUCUGAAAUGCCAGAGAGUUUUGAGCACCAUACUUUGUGGUAUGAAUCUUCUUUACAAUCUGUAUCUGAUUCAGCUGAAAUGAUGUAUACUUAUGAAAACGCGAUCCAUGGAUUCUCCACCAGGUUAACACCGGAGGAAGCCCGUUUGCUUGAGAGUCAGACGGGCAUUCUUGCGGUGUUACCUGAAGUGAAGUACGAGCUUCACACAACAAGAACUCCUCAGUUUCUUGGUCUUGAUAAAAGUGCAGAUAUGUUUCCUGAGUCAAGCUCAGGAAACGAAGUUGUCGUUGGUGUUUUAGACACCGGUGUUUGGCCUGAAAGCAAGAGCUUCAACGAUGCUGGGUUUGGACCUAUACCCACAACAUGGAAAGGCGCGUGUGAAUCAGGUACAAAUUUCACAGCUGCAAAUUGCAACAAAAAGUUGAUAGGAGCAAGAUUCUUUUCAAAGGGAGUUGAAGCCAUGUUAGGUCCUAUUGAUGAAACCACAGAGUCCAAAUCUCCCCGAGACGACGACGGCCACGGCACUCACACCUCAUCAACAGCAGCAGGCUCAGUCGUUCCCGACGCAAGCUUAUUUGGUUACGCUUCGGGAACGGCGCGUGGGAUGGCCACACGCGCUAGGGUUGCUGUUUAUAAAGUUUGUUGGAAAGGUGGUUGUUUUAGUUCCGACAUUUUGGCCGCUAUUGACAAAGCCAUUUCGGACAACGUCAAUGUUCUGUCACUUUCUCUUGGUGGUGGAAUGUCUGAUUAUUUCAGAGACAGUGUAGCUAUUGGUGCUUUUUCUGCGAUGGAGAAAGGAAUUCUAGUUUCUUGUUCGGCUGGAAAUGCUGGUCCUAGUGCUUAUAGUCUCUCCAAUGUUGCUCCAUGGAUUACUACAGUGGGUGCUGGUACUCUUGAUCGUGACUUCCCCGCUUCUGUUAGUCUUGGUAACGGACUUAACUACUCCGGUGUGUCGCUUUAUCGUGGCAACGCUCUACCAGAGUCUCCGUUACCAUUGAUCUACGCGGGGAAUGCUACUAACGCUACCAAUGGGAAUUUGUGUAUGACGGGAACUUUGUCUCCAGAGUUGGUUGCCGGGAAGAUUGUACUAUGUGACCGUGGGAUGAAUGCUAGGGUUCAGAAAGGAGCUGUGGUGAAAGCAGCUGGAGGAUUGGGUAUGGUUCUGAGCAACACAGCCGCGAAUGGCGAGGAGCUUGUAGCAGAUACUCAUCUUUUACCGGCCACAGCGGUCGGUGAAAGAGAAGGCAAUGCAAUCAAGAAGUACUUAUUUUCCGAAGCAAAACCAACAGUGAAGAUUGUGUUUCAAGGAACUAAGGUUGGAGUUGAGCCUUCACCGGUUGUCGCGGCAUUUAGCUCACGUGGACCUAAUUCGAUCACACCACAGAUCUUGAAACCUGACCUAAUAGCACCAGGUGUCAACAUCUUAGCGGGGUGGUCGAAGGCAGUAGGUCCCACUGGCUUAGCCGUUGAUGAGAGACGUGUAGAUUUUAACAUUAUCUCUGGAACAUCCAUGUCCUGCCCUCAUGUGAGUGGUUUAGCUGCUUUGAUCAAAUCGGCUCAUCCUGAUUGGAGCCCAGCCGCUGUUAGAUCAGCUCUUAUGACAACAGCUUAUAUAGCUUACAAAAACGGUAACAAAUUGCAAGAUAGUGCAACUGGAAAAUCUUCUACACCGUUUGAUCAUGGAUCAGGACACGUGGACCCUGUUGCAGCCCUUAAUCCUGGUUUGGUUUAUGAUUUAACUGCAGAUGAUUAUCUAGGUUUCCUUUGUGCUUUAAACUAUACAGCAACACAAAUCACAUCUUUAGCAAGAAGAAAAUUCCAGUGUGACGCGGGUAAAAAAUACAGUGUGUCUGAUCUUAAUUACCCUUCUUUUGCGGUUGUUUUUGAUACCAUGGGUGGGGCCAACGUAGUCAAACACACGAGAAUCCUCACAAACGUGGGACCCGCAGGAACAUACAAAGCUUCUGUAACAUCGGAUUCAAAGAAUGUGAAAAUAACGGUUGAGCCUGAAGAGUUAAGUUUCAAAGCAAAUGAGAAGAAAAGUUUUACUGUAACGUUUACUUCUUCGGGUUCAACCCCUCAGAAGUUGAAUGGUUUUGGAAGAUUGGAAUGGACUAAUGGAAAGAACGUGGUUGGAAGCCCAAUUUCGAUUAGUUGGGAUUAAUUUGAUUAUUAUUAUUAUGAAACAUUAUUAAUAAAACUAUUUUAGUAUAGGUUGAUCAAAGGUUCAUCACUUGCUCGAAGAGGGGUGUGUCUUGAUUGGCUAUUUAUUAUGUAUUUUUAUUUUUUUUUAUAUAUAGUAUUUGAAUUUGCAAUGAAAAUGUUGUUUAUUCAGCUUGAGAUUGAUUAAUGAUAGCUGAGAAUGGGACCAUGUGUUUGGUUGGGUGGGUGGAUCUGUUUGUUCCCCGGGGAAACUGAGGGAAAAUGAAGUUUCCUUAUGUGUCUUCUAGUGUAUACAAACCAUACUAAUCAUUGAACAAUAUGGACCGUUAUAUGCUAUUGCUAAUUUAAUUUAA